AUGGCAGAUGUGCAAAUGGAUAUUUACGAGGACAUGUUCAAAGAGAUUACGAAAAAAAUUUACGGACAAGACACAACGUCGUCCGAGGACAGGCAGUUUGAUGGUCAAGACGCGUACAAAAUGGUAGAAGAGGGCCUGAGCAUGAUCGACAACGAUGAGACUGAGUCGUUCGGUGAACCAUCGCAGCCUGAGGACGACCCUUGGGUGACCAGUGACGAAACGAUCGCUUGGACUAAUUCGAAAAUCGGCAGCUACAACGUAGACAAGAAACUGUUCAAGUGUCAGGAGUGCGAUUCCAUGGGCCUUCUGUCUAGUGUGGCCGAACACUGGUUGGGCACGCACGCUGACGUCAAGGUGUUCCAGUGCCCACAGUGUCCGUACGCGAGCGCGUAUACAAAGUGCAUCCGCUUGCACUUGGCCCGACAACAUAACGUGGUGGCCGAACACGGGACGCAUCAACAGGCUGGCCGGAAAUCGUGGAAGGAGAGCCCUGUACUCGAAGAGGUAACCAGCUACCUGGGCCGGUUGAAGGCGGCCGCAGAUAAAGCGAUAGCCACCGCCGCCGCUGCCGCAGCGGCCGCUGCCGUAGCAGCAUCCGCCGAAUCGGAAGCCGCCGACGACGAAAUGCGACUGAACGCUGCCGACACGGAAACGCAGACCGCUCAGAAGCGGUUUAACUGUGCCCACUGUCCGUACGCCACCGACCGGCGGGACUUGUACACCAGACACGAGAACAUACACAAGGAAGACAAACCGUUCCAGUGCGACAUAUGUCAGAAACAGUUCAACCGGGCAGACCAUGUCAAGAAACACUAUACGCGCAUGCACAGAGAACACGAGUACUGCUUGAGCCGAGUGAAACGAGACCCUUUCGGUAAGUCUGCAGCCGCGGCCUCGGCUCACCAUCAACAUCACCUGCAGAGGGUGACGCUGUAUUCGGGCGAUCCACCGCCGCUGGAACCGGAGACGCAAAUCAUCGUGUCACGGACGAUCGACGAACAACCACUGCCCCCUGCACCGAUUAUUGCAGCUAACAAUCCCCUCGUGUUGGAAGACCAACAACAACAGCAGCAACAGCAACAACAGCAACAGCAGACGGUCGUCAACAUCGCAGUGGUCAAUUUUAACGAACAGACCGGCACGCAUACUAUACAAAUACCGAUACCAGCUAACCAGAUAAAACCGGUGAUGUUUGCGCCCGAUACUAUUUUGGCAGUGGACUCGGUUGUGCCAACGAGUACGGUGGCGAUGACCAAACAGAAGGGCAAGGGCAGCCGGAAAAACUUUGAGAAACGGUAUUGCUGCACGUUUUGCCCGUGGUCGGGUGUCGACAAUUGGUGUCUAAAACGGCACCUCAACACCCACAUGAAGCCCUACGAGUGCGUAUUCUGCGAGUACAAAGCUGCCAGAGCCGAACGGUUGGCUACCCAUGUGUUCAAAGUGCACAGCAAACGGAUGUGCUGCCGUUGUUCGUACAUUGCUCAGGACCAAGACGACUUGUACGUCCAUCAGUCCGAAAACAAUCACAAAAGCGUAAGGUCUCGUCGAACCCAGACAUCGCCUAUCCCUUCGUCGCCUGAACAAUCCGAGGAGACUGCAGACAAAAAUGACGUAAUUGUCGUUUGGCCAAUGGCGGGCGUGACGGAUUCUCAGAGCUCUAUUCAAAUAUAA